AUGACUACCCGCAAGAGAAAGGCCGAGGCCGAGGAGGAGCUCCAGGCCCUUCCUAGCGAUGAGAGCGAAGAAGAGGAAGAAUAUGAAGACUCUGAGCCCGAAGUAGAGGAAGGAAGCGAGGAGAGCGAACAGGAGGAAGUGGAGGGAGAGUCGGAGUCCGAGGAAGAGGAGGAAGGAGAAGAACAAGCGGAAGAAAAACCUAAAGCAGAAGCCAAAGAUAAAGAAGGCGCUCCGGCAGCCAAGAAGCAGAAGACUGCGCCCACUGACGAGGGUGCCGAGGCCAAGAACGGCGCAAAGGGCGAAAAAGACGAGGAGCCAGAGGAGCCUGAGGAGCCUGAGGAGCCUGAGGAGCCUGAGGAGCCUGAGGAGCCUGAGGAGGAAGAAGGCGGGGAAGAAAGUGCCGCUGAUACCGCCAAGGAGAGUGGACCAGCUGCCGCUGCUGCUCGGGCUAAGGGUGGUGAUGUCCCUAAGGAGUCGGAUCUGCCUGAGGCUGAGACGGCUAAAGAAGAGAAGUGA